AUGCCCGUCCUUUGCGGUGCUUCGCUGGUCGUAUGCCUCGUCGGCGAGACGGGCAGCGGCAAGUCCACGCAGGUGCCUCAGAUGCAAGACAGCGAGGUAGCUUCGCUCGCAUCGCUGUUCUUUGCUUUGCUUUUGGACGCGGCGAGGACGCAGCCACGGCGUGUGGCCGCUCUGAACUUGGCGCACCGGGUGGCCUCGGAGCUAGGCGAGCAGCUCGGUGACUCGGUGGGCUACCGAAUCGGCGGUGACAGCAGCCGCGGAAAGUACAUUGACUUCUGUACCGUUGGGUACAUAUUGCAGCUUUUCCUCAAUGCGCCCGAGGAGUUCGGAGAAUACACCCACAUCGUCCUCGAUGAGGUGCACGAGCGAAGUGCAGAGAGCGACAUGCUGUGCCUUGUGGUUCGCCUUCUAGCGAAGCAUCGUUUCGAGGGCACGCGGCUCGUCAUCAUGUCUGCGACGCUCCAAUCGGACCUCUUCGCGAACUACUUUGGCGAUAUUUGCAAUUACCCCGUGGGCCGUGUUCAUGUAGGCAGCCGGUGCUUUCCAGUGAAGGAACAUUACCUGGACGAGCUGUCCCGGUCAUUGGGAAAGCGGCUGCGGUGUGAGGGCAUCAUCAACAGCCGGGCAAAGGACCAUACCGGGGAGAAGAAGGCAAAACGGAUUGACCAGAGACAUUGUGACAAGUUGCAUCCGAUAAUCCUGGAGCUGCUGGAGGUGAUUGCCAAGCCGGCCAGCACCAUCCUGGUGUUCUUGCCGGGCAUCGCUGAGAUCUCCUCCUUGUGGCAGGAAGCAAAGUUCCUGGAAGAGUCCAAUCGCUUCAAGAUCUUCCCGCUGCACUCCAUGGUGCCCCGAGAAGAGCAGGAGCUCGUGUUCGAGGAGCCAGACCCCGACGUUACCCACGUGGUCCUGGCCACGGACAUCGCCGAGUCGUCCAUCACCUUGCCCCACGCUCGGGGCCCCGGUGAUUGCAGCAGGAUCUUUGAAAACGGCAAGCUAGAGAAGCCAUGGAGGAUGAGUUGCGGGGCGCUCACACGCCGCUUCCCUGCCUUUGGCUCGCAGCAUAGCCAGACCUCCUCUUUGGCCAGCUCCUGCCAAGACUACAGCACCUGCGAUGCGAACUUUGAGUCACAGUCCCCUUUGAAAGUGCAGAGCUCAACUCUCUCCAAAGACGAGAAGUUGAGACUUGUAGCCGCCCACAUGCCAUAUCAUGCCAUGUUGGCGGAGACUUUGGGUGCCAGCGUUCGCUUCGCGGUGCCUUCCAAAAGCAUAUUGAAGCAGCUUGCCCCUCUGCGGGACCCGAUGGCUGACCAGUAUUCCGGGGAGUGGGUGGACGAUCUCGGCGAGAUGGAGGCGAUUCGCGAUGGGCUGCAAGCUGACCACAGGAUGGCACUCAACGAAGGCGCCUCUGCUGGCCACCGGCCGCUCUUCUUGAUGUCCGUGCUGCAGCAUUUUCGGGACGUCCAGGUCGGCCAGCCCGCGUAUCCUCGGAUCAACGGCACUUACGUGGACUGCACCUUCGGCCGUGGAGGCCACUCCAGGGCUUUGCUGCGGGACUUGACGGAGUCCUCGACGCUCUACGCGCUGGACGUGGACCGCCAGGCCAUCGGCGUGGCCAGGCGCCUGGCACGCAGAGACCCGCGCCUGAAAGUGCACAAAGCCUCCUUCGCGCAGCUUGCUGCCGUGCUGGGCGAUGUGCGGGUGCAAGGCGUCCUCAUCAACGGUGGCUUCACCACCGACUCGAAGCUGGAUGCUACGCGGGGAAUUAAGCGAGGGCCGCUGGAUCUUCGCUAUGACCGCGAGGCCGGCAUGCCGUGCUCUGAGUGGCUGAACACUGUAAGCUUUGAAGAGCUGUCUCUGUUGCUGCGGGACACCAUCCGGUUUUCGGAGGUGAUGUGUGACCGCAUCGCCUUUGAGCUGCUCUCCGAGCAUCGCCGUGUCGGCGGCCUUACCACCAUCAAUCAGGUCCUGACCCUCACGCAGCGGCUGCUGCUGCCGAAGGAUGGCCGCGACCGCGAUGCCGGAUCCAUCUCAGUGGUGCUGGCCGGCCUCAGGCGCAUCAUCAACAACGAGACGGAGGACACGGCACAGGCGUUGCGAGCCGCUCUGGACUCCUUGGUUAUCGGCGGCCGCUGUUUGGUCAUCUGCCAAGGAUUUUUCGAUCGGAGCGUUGUCAACGGUGUCUUAUCUGAGUAUGACGAACCUCCGGACAACACCGCUGUUGAUGCAGAUGACGAGACGCUAUCGAAGCUUUAUCCUCUGGCAGGCCUUAUGGCCGGCCUGAGGCUAGACAAUCCCGAUGCCACGAGUGCUGCGCGCAUGAUGGUCAUCGAGAAGCAGAAGAGGACGCUGGAACGGCUGAUUCAGGUGUUGGGACUCUUCGUGUGGCGAGGAGCAAAAGUCCGCGAGCACGGCAUGGACCACGAUGCGACGAAGGGCAUUGCUUCCCUGGCCACCAAGUGGAUCUCCAAGGCUGCGGCUACUCAGCGAAGUGGGCGCGCUGGGCGGACUCAGCCUGGGAUCUGCCUGCGGCUUUAUCCGAAGCAGUUCCAUGCCACGGCCAUGCCCGAUUUCGAGCCGCCGGAGUCGAUGUCCCUGUCUUUGGACCGGCUCUACCUGCAGGCCAAGCAGUUGUCAGAGCGGCUGGGCAGGAGCCUCGACGGCCCUGGCGUGCCGCGGCAGGCAGCACAGCUUCUGGCACAGAUGCCCGAGGCGCCGGAUCUGAGAAACGUGGAGCUGGCUCGGGAGCGGAAUGCCGAGCUGGGUGCCAUCUCCGAGUGCUCGGAGGACGCGUACAUCACAGCUCUGGGGCGGCUGUGCUUGCAGCUUCCCCUCGACCUGAAGCUCUCUAGACUCGUCUGGCUGGGUGCCCACUUCGGCCUCAUGGCCGAUGCAGUGGUCCUGGCGUCGGUGCUGAGCUCCUUGGAUGCUUUCUCGAUGCCAAGCCCUCUCUUCAUGCGGGAGGAAGCCGAUUUCGUGGAGCGCCUGCGCUCAGCAGCCUCGGCGAGGCUGCUUUUCGAUGGAGGGGAGCUCUCCGAGCCCCUGAUGCAGCGGCAGCUCUUCUUGGAAUGGCUGGCGGAGUUUCACAAAAACCAUUAUGUGUGGGGUGACAAAGACAAAGUUCUAUGGGCCAGAAGAAGGCACACCUCCAAUUUCUCGUUUCACUACUCCCUGUCUCGGGGCAGGCCAAGCACUCGGUUUCUGGCUCUGGCUUUCUGGCAGCUUUGCUUGUCCGGACAUGUGCCUUCGGUUUCCGCAGCUUCCUGUCUGGAGACCUUCAUGCAGAGAUGCAAGACGAACCUGAGCAGGGAGGCAUUCCAUGCUUCCGAUUGUUGUCAUACCUACAUAUUCACUGUAUUGACUCAUGGUUGUAUGAUGAGGAAGACGAGCAUCUUCAUCAUCAGCAUCAUCAUAUUGUUACUAUUCUUAUCUUUGAUUGCGAUUGCUAUUGCUAUUACUAUCCCUCCUAUUUUCUGUAUGACCAUUAUUAGGAAAGGGGCCAAGUGA